CAUUACAGAUACUCGAUCAGUACAACUGGUAGCUCAAGCUGAGCAUUUUGUAAGAUUGCGAGAACGCUGCUAAUUAGGUAUUUUAUUGGUGAAGAGAGCGGAAAUAAAAUCGAUAUCAUUAGCUCUGAUUAGGACAGAGAUACAGUCAUUCUUACUGUGCCAUAUAUCAGAAAUCUUUGAUUUUCAUCAAACACUCCUCCAAUUUCGGGUGGGCUCGUCGAGUCAGACUGAGCUUGCCUUGCUUAUCUAAUCGUAAUUGUGCACGUUUACUUUCACAAAUUUGAUCACUUUCCAAAUCAACGGAUAAUUAAUAAUAUUCCGGAGGAUGGCGAGCUCCGUCGGAAACGUUGCUGACAGCACAGAACCGACAAAACAUUUGCUUUCCUUCCAAGGGCUGGCUGAUCUGGCGCACAGGGAGUACCAGUCAGGUGACUUUGAGGCCGCUGAGCGUCACUGCAUGCAGCUGUGGAGGCAGGAGCCUGACAACACGGGCGUCCUGCUGCUGCUGUCCUCCAUUCACUUCCAGUGCCGCCGGCUCGACAGGUCGGCUCACUUUAGCACCCAGGCAAUCAAGCAGAACCCUAUGCUGGCGGAGGCCUACUCCAAUCUGGGCAAUGUCUUCAAGGAACGUGGCCAACUGCAAGAGGCCAUUGAACAUUACCGGCACGCGCUGCGCCUCAAACCGGACUUUAUUGACGGCUACAUCAAUCUGGCUGCUGCCCUUGUGGCUGCGGGCGACAUGGAGGGUGCUGUACAGGCCUACGUGUCUGCCCUGCAGUACAACGCUGAUUUGUAUUGUGUACGCAGUGACCUGGGAAACUUGCUCAAAGCACUUGGGCGUCUUGAAGAGGCUAAGGCCUGUUACUUAAAAGCAAUCGAGACUCAACCAAACUUUGCUGUGGCAUGGAGCAACCUGGGCUGCGUGUUCAAUGCCCAGGGGGAGAUCUGGCUAGCCAUUCACCAUUUUGAAAAGGCAGUCACUUUGGAUCCAAAUUUUCUUGAUGCCUAUAUCAAUUUGGGCAAUGUUCUGAAAGAGGCCCGAAUCUUUGACAGGGCUGUUGCAGCCUACCUCAGGGCUCUGAGCCUGAGUCCCAACCAUGCUGUUGUCCAUGGCAACUUGGCCUGUGUGUAUUAUGAGCAGGGCCUUGUGGAUCUUGCCAUAGAUACUUACCGACGUGCUAUUGAGCUGCAGCCCCAUUUCCCGGAUGCCUACUGCAACUUAGCUAAUGCCCUGAAGGAGAAAGGAAAUGUGUCAGAAGCGGAAGAGUGCUACAAUACUGCACUGCGCCUGUGCCCGACUCACGCUGACUCACUCAACAACCUGGCCAACAUCAAGAGGGAGCAGGGUCACAUUGAAGAGGCUGUCCAGCUCUAUAGAAAAGCUCUUGAGGUGUUCCCCGAGUUUGCUGCAGCCCACUCCAACCUGGCUAGUGUACUGCAGCAACAAGGGAAGCUGCAGGAAGCUCUCAUGCACUACAAAGAGGCCAUCAGGAUCAGCCCUACCUUUGCAGAUGCCUACUCAAACAUGGGGAACACAUUGAAGGAGAUGCAGGAUGUUCAGGGAGCUUUGCAGUGCUACACACGUGCCAUUCAAAUCAAUCCAGCCUUUGCUGAUGCUCACAGCAACCUGGCCUCCAUACACAAGGACUCUGGAAACAUUCCAGAAGCCAUUGCAUCCUACCGCACAGCCCUGAAACUAAAACCAGAUUUCCCUGAUGCCUACUGCAACCUAGCACACUGUUUACAGAUUGUGUGUGACUGGACAGAUUAUGAUGAGCGUAUGAAGAAGCUGGUGAGCAUUGUGGCAGACCAGCUGGAGAAGAACCGCUUGCCCUCAGUGCACCCCCACCACAGCAUGCUGUAUCCCCUUUCGCACAGCUUCCGUAAGGCCAUCGCAGAGAGGCAUGGCAACCUCUGUCUGGACAAGAUCAAUGUUCUGCACAAACCGCCCUAUGAACACCCCAAGGACCUGAAGGCCAGCGGUGGGCGGCUUCGUGUGGGCUAUGUCAGCUCUGACUUUGGGAACCAUCCCACCUCCCACCUCAUGCAGUCUAUCCCUGGCAUGCACAAUUCUGAGAAGUUUGAGAUUUUCUGUUAUGCCUUGAGCCCGGAUGAUGGUACAAACUUCCGAGUUAAAGUGAUGGCAGAGGCGAACCACUUCACAGACUUGUCACAGAUUCCUUGUAAUGGAAAGGCUGCAGACAGAAUCCACCAGGAUGGAGUGCAUAUUUUGGUGAACAUGAAUGGCUAUACUAAGGGGGCCCGCAAUGAGCUGUUUGCAUUGCGCCCAGCCCCUAUACAGGCAAUGUGGCUAGGCUAUCCGGGAACCAGUGGGGCUCCUUUCAUGGAUUACAUAGUCACUGAUAAGGAGACGUCACCCCCAGAGCUGGCAGAGCAGUUCUCGGAGAAGCUGUCCUACAUGCCUCAUACCUUCUUCAUAGGUGAUCACGCCAACAUGUUUCCACAUCUCAAGAAAAAGGCAGUGAUUGAUUUCAAGUCAAAUGGACACAUUUUUGAUAAUCGCAUUGUUCUAAAUGGCAUUGACCUGAAGGCCUUCCUGGACAGCUUGCCUGAUGUCAAAAUAGUGAAAAUGAAAUGUGAUGGCCAAGAGGUUGCUGAUGGAAACACAGCCCUCUCCAUGCCUGUCAUCCCCAUGAAUGCUGCUGCCGAGGCAAUCAUCAAUAUGAUCAACCAAGGCCAGAUUCAGGUCACCAUCAAUGGUUUCACAGUCAGCAAUGGCCUCGCUACCACUCAGAUUAACAAUAAAGCAGCAACUGGGGAGGAAGUGCCACGUACAGUUGUGGUCACAACACGCUCACAGUAUGGGCUUCCAGAAGAUGCAAUUGUCUACUGCAACUUCAACCAACUCUACAAGAUUGAUCCUCCCACUCUACAGAUGUGGGUUAAUAUCCUGAAACGUGUUCCCAACAGUGUGCUGUGGCUCUUGCGCUUCCCGGCUGUGGGUGAGCCCAACAUCCAGCAGUAUGCUCAGAAUAUGGGCUUGCCUGCCUCGCGCAUCAUCUUUUCACCUGUGGCCCCCAAGGAGGAGCAUGUGCGGCGGGGCCAAUUGGCCGACGUGUGCCUGGACACGCCACUCUGCAAUGGUCACACCACUGGCAUGGACGUGCUCUGGGCAGGCACACCCAUGGUCACUAUGCCAGGUGAGACUUUGGCCUCCCGUGUUGCUGCCUCUCAGCUGACUUGCCUGGGCUGCCCUGAGCUUAUCGCUAAAAAUCGUCAGGAAUAUGAAGAUGUGGCUGUCAAAUUAGGCACCGACAUGGAGUUUUUGAAGACAAUUCGUACUCAGGUAUGGAAGCAGCGGAUCUGCAGUCCCCUAUUCAAUACAAAGCAGUACACUGCAGACCUAGAGAAGCUUUACCUGCAGAUGUGGGAGCACUACGCCAAUGGAGGCAAGCCUGAACACCUCUUCCAGCUUCAGCCCCGGGAGAGUGCUGAGAGCACCUGAAUGAAAUCCCUCUGCUGCUGCUGCUCCUCAUUCUCUUUUCCUCCUGCUCCCACAAAAACUGUACAUGUCUGUGGAACAGGUGUCUACCAAUUGCAUGGCUGACUUCCAACAUGUUUCUCAUUGUCUCUUGAGAGACACCUUUUAACACCACAAAGCACAUUACACAGAAAUUUAUACCAUGCAAAAUGUCAAAAUAGUCACGCAAUAUUUGUAGUUUGGGAUGGAACUGCCUGCCUUUACCAUGGUGUUUUUGCAGGUGUAAUGAUUCAUGUAGGCUUGUGUAACAUGAAAGGAUCAGCAGAAAAUUGUGUUGGAGCAAAUGAUAGUGACUUUAUUAAAGCAAAUAGCUUUAAAAUGCAUACAUGCAACAAAUACUUUGUGGUGUGAAUCAGAUUAUCUGGUCUUUUCCAUUUUUUCAGCUCUUGAAUCCAAUAUAUGCUUUCUUUUCUUUUGCCCCUGGAGGGUUUUCGGAAUAAGAAUAUAUUUGUAUUAUAAGCCAGCUUUGUGAGUCAUUUGUAAAUGUUAGUUGAAACUCUUGUGUCCUUCAUAUUGUGAGAUACUAUUUUUGAAGACCAAAUAGUGUGAACAAAUGAACUGGACAGAAGAGCAAUCUACCAUUCUCAUUCUGGAGGCAAAUGGACCUAGCAUAGUGGUACUUUAACCAGGAAUGGCCCCAGGUAAGUAUUGUAUAAGCCUUAUUUUGUACCUUCUCCAUUUGUACUGUAUUUUCUGCUGUGUGUGCUGUUUACAUUGCCUCAAUGGUAAAGCUCUAACAAUAAAUCCUUUUGAAGAAAUUAAA